AUGAUAUCGGCUGAAAUGAUCAAGGACGAUGAGCAGCCCAAUAUGACCCUUCUUGCUUCGUGGAUAAGGACCAAGAUCUUCUUCGGGUUGCUCGUCAUCCAGGGCGUAUACUCGAUAUGCACUAGCUUUGACUUGCGGCUGACGUGCUCUACCUAUAUCCUGCAGAAAAUGUUCACGUUUAUGUACCAAACGACGAAGCUCGGAAAUCGAAGAGAUAUCUUCAAACAGAAGUCUUUCUUUCAUGUCAAUCUUCUGGAUUACAAGGUCCUGCUCUAUAACUCCGUUCUGAAACCAAUCUGGACUUAUGGCUUUCAGUUGUGGGGGAGCGCCAGCAACAGCAACGUAGAGAUCGUGCAGAGAGCCCAAGCAAAGAUCCUUAGAACUAUCACCGGGGCACCGUGGUACGUUCGGAGUGAAAACAUUCAGAGAGACUUGAAUAUACUUCCCGUCCGAGAUGAAAUAGUACAACACAUGGAAAAUUACUACAUCAAGCUGUCGAACCAUCCAAAUCACCUUGCUAGAGCACUAACAUUAAAAACAAAACAAAACACAUUCGCGCCGGUCGCAAAUAUAAUAAAAUAUAAACAAUCAAUUGUCUUGUGCCAGUGCUGUGAUCUCCUUGUGUUUGUCAUCGGUGGAUUUUUCGGCAUCAUCGCUGGAGGAUACCCUGCACCAAGCAGAACACACAGAGGAAAGUGGCUGGGAUCAUUAAAGAUCGCCAAUUCCAGGUUUGUUGGUCGAAGAGGAUGCCCGAGCCGAGUCCAUUGCGACAACGCGACGAACUUCGUCGGAGCAAGUCGCCAUCUGGAGGAGCUAAGGAAGCGAGUCGAGGCCGAGGAGAACGCAGUUCGCGACUUCGCAUCAAGAAGCGGAUGCGAAUUUGCGUUCAUACCGCCGAGGGCUCCUCACUUCGGAGGACUAUGGGAGGCAGGUGUGAAGUCUGCAAAGCACCUAGUCCUACGGACGGUGGGCAACGCCCUGCUCACGGCCGAGGAGCUGCAGACAGUGGUCGUGGCGGUCGAGGCGGUGCUCAACUCCCGCCCGCUAGGAGCCGUAAGCAACGACCCCAACGACGGCGAGGCACUAACUCCAGGGCAUCUACUGGUGGGCGGUCCACUGGUGGCACCGGCAGCAUCGCGGACCCCGGACCAGGAGGGUCUGAGUUGCUUAAGGCGAUGGCGAGCUGUCUCGUCGCUCAAGCGAGCGUUCUGGCAGCGAUGGUCCCGGGAGUAUGUGCUGGGCCUGCAGGCACGGGCCAAGUGGGACCGGUUGCAGCCAAAUCUGCGAAUCGGAGAGCUCGUCGUCGUCGCAGAGGACAAUCAGCCGCCGAUGCAGUGGAUGGUGGGGCGAGCCGUGGCGGUAUACCCGGGAGCGGACGGGGCGGUGCGCGUCGCAGACGUGCGAACCAGCACAGGAGGGCUGUUUAAACGGCCAAUACACAAAUUGGCGCCUCUGCCAAUCGAAUGA